AUGGAAGCAUCCUGCCUGGAACUGGCCCUGGAAGGAGAGCGCUUGUGCAAGUCUGGGGACUUCAAAGCUGGGGCAGCCUUCUUCGAAGCAGCGGUGCAGGUGGGGACAGAGGACUUGAAGACUCUCAGUGCCAUCUACAGUCAGCUGGGCAAUGCCUAUUUCUACCUAAAGGAGUACUCCAAGGCCCUGGAGUACCAUAAACAUGACCUUACCCUGGCCAGAACUAUUGGGGACCGCAUUGGAGAAGCCAAGGCAAGUGGCAACCUUGGGAAUACAUUGAAAAUACUUGGGCAGUUUGAUGAAGCUGUCGUUUGUUGCCAGAGACACUUGGACAUUUCUCAGGAGCAGGGAGACAAGGUAGGUGAAGCCAGAGCACUCUAUAAUAUAGGAAAUGUUUACCAUGCAAAGGGAAAGCACUUAUCUUGGAACAUGGCCCAAGACCCAGGCUACCUGCCUCAAGAAGUCAAGGAGACGCUACAGAAAGCUUCAGAAUAUUAUGAGAGGAACCUGUCCCUGGUGAAGGAGCUGGGGGACAGGGCUGCACAAGGCCGUGCUUAUGGCAACCUCGGCAACACCCAGUACUUACUUGGCAACUUCAGUGAAGCUAUAGCCUUCCACAAGGAGCGCCUUGCUAUUGCUAAGGAGUUUGGGGACAAGGCAGCCGAGCGGAGAGCGUACAGCAACCUGGGCAAUGCACACAUCUUCCUUGGGAGGUUUGACAUCUCUGCUGAGUACUACAAGAAAACACUCCAGCUCUCCAGACAACUCAAAGACCAAGCAGUAGAAGCCCAGGCUUGCUACAGUCUUGGAAACACAUACACACUGCUUCAAGACUAUGAAAGAGCAAUCGAGUACCAUCUAAAACAUCUGGUGAUAGCACAGGAGCUGGGAGACAGGGUGGGAGAAGGAAGAGCCUGCUGGAGUCUCGGAAAUGCCUAUGUCUCCCUGGGGAGCCAUGAACAAGCUUUGCACUUUGCAAGGAAACAUCUUGAAAUCUCCCAAGAGAUCGGGGACCGGAACGGUGAGCUGACAGCACAGGUGAACAUGGCCCAGCUCAAGUCGGCCCUUGGCUUGGGCCCCGGGGAUCAGGACGGGGGUACAGCUCAGCACUAUUCUGGCUACGAAGCACAAGGAGCCAGGCCAAAGAGACUCCAAAGGAACAGCAUGGACAGCUUAGACCUCCUGAAGUUCCCUUCUGAAAAGGACCAGAAUGGGGACAGCCAUCACGUGGGAGACAUGAAGAUCUCUGGAAAAGAGUUCUUGUCAUUACCUGCAAGGUCAAAGAAAUACCAGGAGCACCAAUCCAGUUCAGAGAGAAAGUCCCAGGGGUCGAGUACAUCGCCACUGGAUGCCAGCGAAGUCCAAGUCCAGGUGUCACAGUCGAAAAUCAACCGGACCCCGUCGGAUGAGGAAUGCUUCUUUGACCUGCUGAGCAAGUUCCAGAGCAACCGGAUGGAUGAUCAGCGCUGCCCGUUGGAAGAAUGCCCAUCGGAGGCUGCAGAGGCAGCUGCCACACCGGUCCCUGCCCUGGAAGAACGGAUAUCACAGUCCUCCUUAAUGGCGUCUCCGCAGACGGAGGAAUUCUUCGAUCUCAUCGCCAGCUCCCAGAGCAGACGGCUGGAUGACCAGCGUGCCAACGUGGGCAACCUGCCAGGCCUCCGGAUCACACACAACAACCUGGGGCACCUGCGUGUGGAGGGGGACGCCCAGGAGCCCGGGGAUGAGUUCUUCAACAUGCUCAUGAAGUGUCAGUCCUCCAGGAUAGAUGACCAGCGCUGCGCACCACCCGACUCCAUCCCCCGCGGCCCCACCAUGCCCGACGAAGACUUCUUCAGCCUCAUCCAGCGCGUCCAGGCCAAACGCAUGGACGAGCAGCGGGUAGAUUUGGCCUCAGCCCAGGAGGAGGCAGGAGAGGAGCAGCAGAGGCCUGGUUCCAGCUAA